GAGUUCGAUCACUGCCGCGGCCCGGGACGUGCGGGAGCUGGCGGAGAGCGACAAGAGAACUCUCAAGGCUUUCCGCGCCGACAUGGAGCAGGUCCCAACAGCAGCCUGGUGGCUCCUGGCCAACCUCGCUCUGUGCACUUUCAUCCUCAGCUUGUUGGCCUUGCCUUACUUCUCCUCCACGCUGCUCUUCGCCUCCUUGAACGGCAUUUGUGUCCUUGUGAAGACCCGGGGACGAUUGUACAGGCACACAUCCCUGCGGCUGUCCUUGAUGACUUUGCGGGGUUACAUGACCAGCCAGCUGCAGCUGAUCCUGGGCGCCGGCCUUGUCUUCAUCCUGCCAACGCUGCUCCUGAACAUUCCAUUCUGGCUCGCCAUCCACAUAUUCCUUUCUGCAACUGCCCCGUGCUGGCCGGCCCUUCUGCUGGAACCCCUUACACCUCGAACAAUGAAUGCCUUGAGCGUUGUCAUGGUCUCUUGGUGGCUUCUGUGGAAGACGGCAAUGCUCCUGGAGAUCCUCAUAAACCACAGCUUCUACCGGUCGGCGCUGGCUGCGCGGCGAGACUCAGCAACGCCAAGUUUCAGCUACCAUCUCUGCGAUUCGGUUUAUGCGUACUCCUAUUCGGUGCUGGGGUUCCAGCUGGGCUGGGAAGCUGUUCACUUCUGCGCUCGCUUUGUCUACUUGGUGAGCCCCUUCUCCUGGUCUGGUAUGGGGAUUCUCCUGAUGCUGGGGCUAAGAGCUUCAAUUGCUCCGUUUGGGAUGCAGGGGGCCAAAUCAGUGAUGCACUGGUCGAUGCACCGCAUGCUGCACGUCCAGCCCUUCUACGCGUGCUGGCACAAGGAGCACCACUUCGCAGCGUCGCAGACGUGCUUGACCGCAUGUCAGGAUUGCGGAUUGCUGGAGACGGGCCCUGAGGCAGCCUACGUGCAGCUGUGCUUCGUCUUCAUCCCCUUCUUCGACAACUGCGCCUACGCUUGGAAUUCGGCGUACAACACGCUGAUCCACCACUACUACGAGGAGUACCGCAGCUGGCACUGGAAGCUUGCGGGAGCCAUGGUGCGGUUGCAAAGCAAGGUCCGCAGGGUCGUCUCCAGGAUGGAGUGGGGAACUUGGCUCCGCUCUGAUUUCAGUCCUCUCAGCCCCUUCCCACCCUUUUGGCCGCUAUUCGCCUUGAACUUGCAAUUUCCCUCGGCAGACUAUGCUUCUGCGUACUUCGCCGAGGGCCCCAUCGAGAAGCAUUGGCAUGGAAGGCAUCACUGGACCACUGAAAAGCAUUUCGGCUACGGGACAUACGACAGCGUCUCCAACUUAGUCUGGGACUCCUCCUCGGAGGAACAGAUGUGGGGAAUGUGCAAGAGGCCGGCUUUUGUGGGUUUCGCGGGUUUCGCUUUGGCCCUGCACACCGGAUUCUUCGCUUGGCUGUGGAGCUGUCAGCUGCGAGCUUUCCCGGGCUAUUGGGGGAAGUAUCCGACUUCAGCGAAGCUCUGGCUCUCUCUUGCGGCGCACUGCGAGACCUUGAGGCGGUUGUGGGGGCUUCUGACGAGCCCCUGUAGGAGGUUGCCUGAUUUCUACGUGGUUGGUUGUCCAAAGUGCGGAACUUCUGCCAUUUACCACUACCUCACGCUUCAUCCGCGCAUCGUGAAGCCCGCCUACAAAGAAUCACGAUUCAUUUGGGGGAGGAUCGGCUUGCGCCUCUCAGCCUUGCGGUAUCGGUCGCUCUUCCCAACUUGGUUGCAGUGCCCUCCUGGGUAUCUCACCUUCGACGCAGACCCCACUGCCGCGGUCGCGCCAAAGUUCGCUUCGGCCUUGUUUCGCCGGCUGACACCGAAAGCCAAAAUCAUAGUGGCCUACCGGGAACCAGUGGAGGCUGCAUGGUCCAUGUAUCAGUUUCGUAGCCGCAUCAAAGGGCGCUUUGACUUUGGGUGGACCUUUCAGCAAAUCCACAGCUUGGAGAUGAAGUUGGCGCGAUCCUCGUGCUGGGCAGAGAUGGAUGCCCUGGCCGACACGUUGGAUGAAAGCGACGCGAGCUCCGACGUGAGCGUAAGGAUCACAUCGGACAUGGCCUUCCAUGGCGUGAACUCCUCAAUGCUGCGGCCCCACAGGCUUGCGGACGUUGUGACCGAGUUUGAGUCUCGCUUCGGCCGCAGCAACCUGCUCCUGGUCCCCUUCACUGUGCCCCAGCGAGCCAUCGUGUCCGACAUGGAGAACACCAUGCGCCGCAUCUUCGACUUUGUUGGGCUGGACGCAGAGAGAGUCGAGCUUCCGCCGCUCAAGGUCCAGCCGGAAGACGUCAUGGAUAUGUUGGUGAUGUCACCAGCGAAGAAUGGAUGCCAAGCUUGUCCGGAGGAAGCCAAGAGACUCUUGACUGCUUAUUAUGGUGAGCAGAAGCGCAAGUUUACGGAUCUGACAGGUGACACUUUCGGCGUCCCUGCUCUAGCUCAGUCAGCCUAA